AUGGCGGCAGCCGCGGCGGCGCUUUCGGGCGUGGGCCCCCCACCAGCGGGCGGCGCGGCCGGGGGCGGCGGGGCCGGGGGCGGCGGGUCCCCGCCGGGCGGCUGGGCCGUGGCGCGACUCGAGGGCCGCGAGUUUGAGUAUCUGAUGAAGAAGCGCUCCGUGACCAUCGGGCGCAACUCGUCGCAGGGCUCGGUGGACGUGAGCAUGGGGCACUCGAGCUUCAUCUCCCGGCGCCACCUUGAGAUCUUCACGCCCCCGGGCGGCGGCGGCGGCCAUGGCGGGGCGGCCCCGGAGCCGCCGGCCGCGCAGCCCAGGCCCGACACGGGCGGCGACUUCUACCUGCGCUGCCUCGGCAAGAACGGCGUGUUCGUGGACGGCGUGUUCCAGAGGCGCGGGGCGCCGCCGCUGCAGCUGCCGCGCGUGUGCACGUUCAGGUUUCCGAGCACAAACAUCAAGAUCACAUUCACUGCCCUGUCCAGCGAGAAGAGGGAGAAGCAGGAGGCGCCUGAGUCCCCGGUGAAGGCUGUGCAGCCGCACAUCUCGCCCCUGACCAUCAACAUUCCAGACACCAUGGCCCAUCUCAUCAGUCCCCUCCCGUCCCCCACGGGGACCAUCAGUGCUGCCAACUCCUGCCCAUCCAGCCCCCGGGGAGCAGGGUCUUCAGGGUACAAAGUGGGCCGAGUGAUGCCAUCUGACCUCAAUUUAAUGGCCGAAAACUCGCAGCCAGAACAUGAAAAGGAAACUUCCGGAGGAGACAGCCCAAAGGAUGACUCAAAGCCACCUUAUUCCUAUGCACAGUUAAUAGUGCAAGCAAUUACGAUGGCUCCUGAUAAACAACUUACCCUAAAUGGAAUUUACACACACAUCACAAAAAAUUACCCCUACUACAGGACUGCAGACAAGGGCUGGCAGAAUUCAAUUCGCCACAAUCUCUCUCUGAAUCGUUAUUUCAUCAAAGUACCGCGUUCCCAGGAAGAACCAGGCAAAGGCUCAUUCUGGAGGAUAGAUCCUGCCUCUGAAAGCAAAUUAAUAGAGCAGGCUUUUAGGAAAAGACGGCCUAGGGGCGUGCCUUGCUUUAGAACCCCUCUGGGACCGCUCUCUUCUAGGAGCGCCCCAGCCUCUCCCAAUCACGCUGGGGUACUGUCUGCUCACUCCAGCGGCGCCCAGACCCCCGAGAGCCUGUCCAGGGAAGGUUCGCCGGCACCCCUGGAGCCUGAGCCUGGCGCCUCACAGCCCAAACUCGCUGUCAUCCAGGAAGCUCGGUUUGCCCAGAGUGCACCAGGGUCACCUCUGCCCAGCCAGCCAGUCCUCAUUGCUGUUCAGCGACAGCUGCCACAGGCGGUUAAGCCCGUCACUUACACGGUUGCAGCCCCAGUGACCACUCCAACCUCCCAGCCACCCGUUGUGCAGACAGUUCACGUCGUCCACCAGUUACCAGCGGUGUCGGUCACCAGUGUAGCUGGACUGGCCCCAGCAAACACUUACACUGUUGCAGGACAAGCUGUGGUCACUCAGGCGGCUGUGCUGGCCCCCACCAAGUCUGAGCCGCAGGAGAACGGCGAUCACAGGGAAGUGAAAGUGAAAGUAGAACCUAUUCCCGCCAUUAGCCAUCCCACAUUAGGCGCUGCCAGCCGGAUCAUUCAGCCGUCACAGACCACCCCUGUCCAGACAGUCACCAUAGUACAACAGGCGCCUCUAGGUCAACACCAGCUACCAAUAAAAACUGUAACACAAAAUGGUACUCAUGUGGUACCAAUCCCCAGCGCAGUCCAUGGCCAGGUGAACAAUGCGGCAGCGAGCCCUCUGCACAUGCUGGCAACCCACGCGUCAGCAUCAGCCUCCCUGCCCACAAAGCGCCAGAAUGGCGACCAGCCAGAGCAGCCAGAGCUGAAGCGGCUGAAAACAGAGGACAGUGAGAGUAUCGUCAUCGCCCUGAGCAUGGACACGCCACCGGCAGCUGCGAGGGAGAAAGGCAUCCAAAACUAGCAUCUGGGAGAGCUUUUUUACUUCAAAAAUUUCAACUUUGUGGUGCCAAAAGGAGACAUUGCCUCUCACCGAUGCUCCUUCGGUGGGUAGAGGGCCCUGCGGUUGGACUUCACCUCUCAGCACUGAAAACAAAAAACCCAGGUGGCCUUAAAGCUCCUUAAUUUAAAGACAGAAGUCACACUUGAACAAAAACACAUACAACAAAACUGGUUCUGAGAUGGUGGCUCUGCUGCCAAGCACUCACCAUGCCGCUGCCUCUGGGUGCAGCUUUUAACUACAAGUAAGAAAACUCCCGGGCCUUCCCCUGGACCAGACUGCAUGUGAGGAUGGUGGGCAGCACCUGAUGAGCAGGCCUCUGGGACUAGGGCCUCUCCAGAGGCCAGGCAGAACCCGCCGGUGGCACUGGGAGAUCAGACAGUAUUUUGUUGCUCUCACGUGGAAUUAGAAUUAUUUGAUGUGUAUGUUCUUUACACAAUAAUGGGGUCUUUGACAUUUCACAUCACUCCAUUUCUGCUCUGGAAAUUUUGGAAUCACACAGGACUUUCAUGUGGAUUUCAUUUGGGGAAAGAAACAACAUAAUUUUGUGUUUUUGUUGUUUUCAGCCUAGCCGGUGGAAUGAUUUACUUUUGCCUGUCUUGUUAAAGUUCAGAUGGAGCUACUCUGUGACAGCUGCAGAUGUCCUAUGGUAGAGCAGUUGCCUGAAGGAUUUCAGCACCUCCGUCUCGGUGGGUGGGACAGACAAGCGGCACCGCAGCCACAGGUGCAGGCCCGGGCACAUGAGGCACAUGUGAGGGCCCAGGGAUGAGCCUGUCAUGCAAAAGAGCUGCUGGGACUCCUCGAGCUGCACUUAACUGUUCUCUUUCUUGGUAUUUUUUAUUGUUUGUUUCUUUGUGUUGACUUUGUCCCUGGCAAAAUAUUUUCACUCUAAGUAAAACCAGUCUCCUAAGUAUUGUGUAUGUU